AUGUCCCAGAUCCCCUACCCGCUAUGUACGGCGCGCCGAAGGAUCAUCGAAACUCACGGUUUGACCCGAGGCCGAGCAGCAGAACAGAGAACAUCCCCAGGUGGUCACGGCCCGGCACAGAGAACACACACCGGCGAUGUCACGGCGGCCAGAAGAACGGAGAACACUCAUGCGUGGUACGGCGAGCGAGGACAGGAGAACCCCUCACCGGCCGUGGUCACGGCGAGGGCAGAGGAAGGCGAACACUCCCGGCGUGGUCAAGGCGGCAGCGGAACAGAGAACACUCACAGCGUUGUCACAGCGAGAGCGGACCGGAGAACACUCACAGGAUGGUCACGGCGGAGCCGAGGCACGGCUUAA